CGCGCAUGCUCGAAGCCAAUAGCCUGUACACGUGGUCUGGCCUAGAACGACUGGUGUCGGCUACAAUGCCUGUACCAGCCUGUUGCUGUCAACACCAAACCGAGAGCUGACCUUCGAUAACGGAAAGCUACCACACCAUUUAGCAAAUAAUGGCUAGUUUAUUGCAAACCUGGGUUACUAUCCCUCUCUUCCAGGUUGAACGUAGGCCUUUCUCGAAAGGGAACUGUGCGCCAUGACGGGAAGCAUCAGGAAAAAUUCCAGUCGGUCAAGCAGGUUCGAUAUGGUGUGGGCGCCUGAUUAUCAUUUUUGCAACGACCAAUUGAGAUGUGAACAUUUGCUGAGCCUUGAAUCGGGCUCUCGAUGCGGCAGCCUCAUCCAAUAUUGGCAACUCUCCAUGGCGGCUGACCUCAAGCCCUGGAGACACAAUCAGGUUAAAUCAAGAGUCUCUCCCAUUUUCAAACCUGACACUCCAUCAAGAUAGCGCUGCCAAUUUCCAAGUUAUCGUACCCUGCACACCAACUGCUACACAAAAGCCAUGGCUGACCAUUCAAUGCCCCCAGGCUCAAUCAAAAAGUUCUGGCCCAACGGCGUCAGCAAGAUCUACCGCGGUCACUCGGUAAUCUGCCAUCUGCCCGAGGACUCGCCCCUCCGAGAAACAAUCCAAGAGAUCCACGAGGCCCUCGCUGAGCUUGACUUUGCGGGUACCGCGUUCCCAGGCGAGGCGCUGCUCCCCGAAACAAGCUGGCACAUGACCGUCUUCAUCUGCGUGCGCGACCUUGAGCGCGCUCCAAACGUCAUGCCUGGUGACGGAUACGCCGACGACAUCAAAUACGAGUCCGGUCUAACGGGUCCGUACGAGGACUGGUUGGAGUACACGAGGUCCGUACUCGAAGACCUCGAGCUUGACGAGUCAUCGAAGCCGCCGUACCGUCUCGCGGUCCAGCGCAAAAUUCCGGAGAUCACGCAUAGUGUUGCAUUGGCCUUGCAGCCGCUGCCAGACUCGGGGUCCUUGGUGGGCCUGCGGGAGGAGUUGUCGAAGGCCACGGGGAUCAGGCACCUGAACCAUGAUUCUUUCAAGUUUCACAUCACCUUGGCGUAUAUGACGAGGGUGUUGAGCGAGGAGGAGAAGAGUAUUAUUAGGGGUGUUGUGGAGGAGAUUCUCGCGGAGGCGCCUGAGACAGUUGAGUUCAGGGAAGUGAGCCUGUGUUCGUUUCAAAAUAUGCAAGCGUUCAAUGUAGAGGUGACGUUGGCGGAUGCAGAAGACGACGAUGAGGAUGAGGAGGAAGAGGAGGAGGAUGAUGAUGUCGACGAAGAUGAUGAGGAUGAGGAAGAGGAAGAGGGCGAUGAAGAAAGUGGUGUUGGUCAUGGUGCCUCAGGCUCCCAUCGCUAG